AUGACCUCUGAGGCCAGGAACAUCUCCCAUACUGCAAGUAACUUCAUCCUCUUGGGCUUCCCUUGUCGCUGGGAAAUACAGAUCCUCCUCUUUUCCAUGUUCUUUGUGACCUACCUCCUAACUCUCCUUGGAAACACAGCCAUUGUGUGUGUGGUGCACUGGGACCACCGGCUUCAUACCCCCAUGUACACUUUGCUGGCCAACUUCUCCUUCCUAGAGAUCUGCUAUGUUAACUCUGAUGUGCCCAACAUGCUGGCCAACUUCCUCUCCAAGACCAAAGCCAUCACCUUUGCUGGAUGCCUCCUCCAGUUGUACUUCUUCUUCUCUCUGGGCACCACAGAGUGCUUAUUUCUCUCCAUUAUGGCCUAUGACAGGUUCCUGGCAAUCUGUCGCCCCCUGUACUACCGCACCGUCAUGACUGCUAAGUUCUGUAGCAGCCUGGUCGUCUUUUGCUGGGUCUAUGGUUUCCUCUGGUUUCUGAUCCCCGUGAUCCUCAUUACCCAGCUGCCAUUUUGUGGCCCAAAUGUGAUUGAUGACUUUCUAUGUGACCUUGGUCCCCUGCUGGCCCUAGCUUCAGCCUGUGUCCCAAUCCCAGGGACUGUUCUCGUAUGUGGCACCAUGAGCUCCCUCCUCAUCUUUGCCACCUUCCUCUACAUUGUUGGCUCCUACACCCUGGUGCUGAGGGCUGUGAUGCAGGUGCCCUCCACCGCUGGCCGGAAGAAGGCCUUCUCCACCUGCUCCUCACACCUGGCUGUGGUGUUUCUAUUCUAUGGCUCAGUCAUGAUGACAUAUGUGAGCCCAGGGUCAGGACAAGCAGAGGGCAUGCAGAAGUUUACAACUCUGUUCUAUUCAGUUUUGACCCCUUUUUUCAACCCCAUGAUCUAUAGCCUCCGGAAUAAAGAAAUGAAGGAUGCCUUGAAGAAAGUUCUAGGAGGUUCCUGA